AUGGAUAUACAGGCAAGAUUAGAUCAUCUUCAAAAAAUCAUAUAUGCUGACUUUGACGGUCUUUUGCUGACUUUGAAUGGCCAAGAUGACGACAAUUCUGCAACUACAAUUCGUGCACGCAUUAAUCAGAACUUGCUUGAGUUUAAAGACUAUUUACGUAUUAUGAAGUCAAUCUCGAGAGGAGACACAAACUACCGUAUCUACGAAUUGAAAUACAAGUCGCUCAAACAAAAGUAUAGAGAAGUGCAGCUCCAUCUCAAUGAGGAGCAGCAAGUGAAAAUCCAAGAGUAUCGAUUGAAGCAUUUUAAUGUACUCCCAGAUAUUGACACUAAUACCGAUAAAGUAACCGACGAAACUACACUUCAAGCAACAAGGGACCAACUAUUUUCCAACAGGUCAUCUAAAAAGACAGCCGAGGCUUCAAUUGCCCAACAAAUAAACCAACAGAAUACAAAAAUCACGUCUUCAUUGCAAAAGUCUCGAGAUAUGCUAUCAACUACGAUUCUACAAUCCGAGUUAAAUAUAGAUGCCAUAGAUCAACAAACAAAAGAUUUGGCAAAGUUGAAUGAGAGCUUUAUUCAAUUUGGUGAUCUUUUAAGCAAGUCCAAGGGAAUCAUUAAGUUUAUUGAGAAACAAGAUAAGCAGGAUCGACAAAGAAUAUAUCUUAGCAUGGGAUUCUUCAUUCUAUGUUGCUGUUGGGUAUUGUAUAGAAGGGUGUUGAGAAGACCACUAAAGAUUUUGUUUUGGUCAUUGUUUAAAAUAUUCAACAUUUUCAAUUGGAUUUUGGGUACUGGGUCUAGGGUGAAAACUACAGACGUCGAUGUGGACACGCUUAGUGUCAUUAUCUCGACAACUGCUGCGGUUGUCUCUACUAUUUUAACCGAUUUGCCCGAUGAUUCAUUUACUGAGACCUUAGAAGAGAUCGUUUCGGGUAUAACUACAACAUCUGCAAGGUUAGCUGACGAACUAUAA